AUGCACACCCUAGUCACACUUUUCUUGAAAAGGCCCAAUAGUUACAGGUUUUUUACCCCGGACAGCGCAUUAAGAACGACAGUGCCUUUGACGCGCUUCGCCUGUCACGGCCGACCUGCGGGCUACUACGCCGACGUCGACACUGGCUGCCAGGUGUACCACAUGUGCGACGGGCUGGGUCGUCAGUUUAGCUACACCUGUCCCAACACGACGCUGUUCCAGCAGCGUAUGCUGAUUUGUGACCACUGGUACAUGGUCAACUGCUCCAUGUCCGAACGUGACUACAGCGCCAAUUUGCUUAUAGGUCAGCGCGACAAGCCGUUCGUGUCCGAUGAGGAAAUGCGCUUACGCACUCCUCGUCCUGAUAUUCUCUCGGUGCCGCCCAACAGAAACUUCUUCGACGGGCUCAAGGAGGCUGAAUCUAAGUUCCCAAUUCACCCAGGAAACAGUAUAGUUGGCAUACCCGACUCUAUCUCCAGCGCUAAUAACAACGGCCUCGACAGUGACAAGCAGAACUACCGCCCGCCUACCUCCUGGUCUACGGGUAAAGGCCGCCCCAACACCAAUCACGAUAACGAGCCUCACGAAGACACUCUCACGGGAGCUGCGUCUCAAAGUCCUGGACCGACAAUACAGUCUACGCCUAAUGAUAAUCAGUUUGCGCAAACAACUGCUCGUUCCAUCCAACAUUUCCCAACCAGAUCAUCACGCGUAACGCCGCCUUCGCAAGAGUUUCUGCCACCUUUUCCUCCAACAACAGAAGCUAAUUCAGAGGAUGUUGCAAUCGAUGCCAGAAUAAAAAACGACGAUCCUGUAAUAAAUUUCAUAAAUCGCUUCGACCCGAACUCCCCUGAUUCUAUCAAAACUUCCAUGACGAGGUCUGAAAUUUUAAGCAUCAAUCAGCAAUUGCCACCAGGGCAAUCCAGUGCAGAAGAUGAGAGAACUCCUAGGAUACAGAAAAACGUUGGCAACGAUUUUAACACACUCCAGGACAACGCUAAGGGCUUUGUUAAAAACUCGAGAUUUGAUACUGUAAAUUUAAAGCCUGCUCCCACUGAAACAACGAUUUUUGAUUCCAAGUCGAGCGUCAACCAGGUGCCAACACCUGUGAAUGAGUUAUUGCCACCCAAAAAUGAGUUUUCCAAACAACCUCUAGCAGCAACUACUGAAGGUCCUGCCGUUUACUAUGAGUGGAAAUGGGCAGGGGCAGGGCCUGCCCAAGAUUUGGAGCCACCAAAAGCAAGCAACGAGACUUCUUCAUCUUCUGGGCAAGAGAAGAGAAACAUUUCAGGGCUGAGUCCUUUCAGUAAAGUGACUCGACCACCUCCGGUGGAAAUUGAUGCUAUACCUCCAACAAAGAAUACUGAGUACAACAUCAGCUCUUACUUCGUUCCGGAUUAUAUCUUUCCUCUUGACAAGCCUCAUCCAGGUUACGACGAUGAGAAUGCCGAGACCUCAUUUCAGGUGAAGGUUGCGAGGCCAGGUCGAGCCAGCUACGGCGAGAACCCGGCUUGUCCCCAUUGCCAUCCCGCUUACCUCAAUCCAGGCACAUGUGAACCUUGCAUAGUUAAGCGGUAACGAAUUGUAAGACGCAAAAUAUACUCAGUGAGUUUUAGUCUGUAAAAAGCCAUAGAUUUUUAACAAAACACAUUCCUUACUCAUUUUUCUAAACUUCAAUGUUUUUUUUAUAUUAAAUGGGAAACACUAAGUACCUACAAACAAGUAUAAAAUUGUUGCAACAAAGAUUGAACAAACACAAGGAAAAAUUCGGCUGCAGCUACAAAUGAAAAACACCUAAAUAUUGCCAUUAAUAAAGCGACAUCUCUUGUAAGCUGCUGGUAGCUGCAAAGGUACCUGGCUGAAGAAUAAACUUUCAUAGGUUUCUCACGGAUAGCGCUAUGGCAAAAAGCCGUUAAAACUAAAAACAAAAAUCCUGUAACGUGCACAAAGAAGAACUCGUUCUGUAGCUCAGUUGUGAGGGCAAUGGCGAUAGUUUCGGACGGAGAACGGGAAUAGACUCCCAGAGCCAUCGUCCAGCAGGAUCGAAGUGGAAUUUUUUCAUGUGUGUGGGGAAUAUUUACACAAAAAGUAAUAAAUUGUUGUAUCCACUUAAACUUCUGAAUGUUAAAUCUGAAUUGGUACUUAUUUAGGAUUCGAUAAUUUUCACCAUAAUAAAUAUGUUGUUAAUAUAAUAAGUGUGUACUUCUGUGUUACUUGCCAAUAUUGUAACGAACUGCUGUUAGUCCAAAUAAGCCAAUGUUAUUGUAAGUAUAGUUUAUCCAUUAGAAAUUAGUAAACGUUAAAUGAAUAGAAGAGAACAGUACAACGCCUAGCCUCGAUCUAGGGGAAUAUUUAUAUUUUUUUGUAUGCGUUUUUUAUACUGAUGUGCCUAUAACGUAGCUAAGCUAAAUAAAGAAAACUACAACUA